CAGUACUGCAUCACCCUUUAAAAACAGUGUUGAGGAACUUGUGAUUAGAACAGAGUACAGUUUUCACUUUCAUCAUUGUUCUCGUUAAAUUCAACAAGGAUUACAGCAGGAUUACAGCAGGAACCUAAGAUACAACAAACUAAGACUAAGACGUUAUUUAGUGCUCUGUCUGGAAAAACUAAAGAUUAAAAAUAAAGAAAUUAAUCGAUUAAUACGAUUUUGAAGUCUGCUAGUAGUGAAGGACCGAAUGGAGAGCUAUGUUAUCACUUCUCCUUCAGAAGACUUGCUUCACUAUGACCGUGAUCAGUGUCAGCCAGUGUACGAUUUCUAUUCCCACAUCAGCUCUGAAGUAAAUGGCCAUGGGGUACAGAAUGGGUGGGAAUGCCAUCCUGUCCAUUUGCAGUACAUUGACAGUGGAUUGCCUCAUGGAUAUUUAACUGAGCUUCACCCUACCCCAUAUCAUUAUGGUGAUGUGGAAUCUCUGCAUCACCCCUUAGAAGCAACAUUUGCUGGACCUUCCACUGACAUUCCUCCACAGGGCCUGUAUUACCAGCAGCAGCAGCAGCACUCCCCUGCUGCCCGGUGCAGCACAGACGAGGAGGACCCAGGAGGCCGGAGCCCCCCAUUAGAGGUGUCUGAGGGGGAGGAGGCACACUCAGAGCACCACGCCCACUGCCUGGGCACCGUAUCCAGGAACAACAAGAAACUGCGACUGUACCAAUUUUUGCUGGACCUACUGAGGACUGGGGAUAUGAAGGAUAGCAUCUGGUGGGUUGACAGAGAAAGGGGGAUGUUCCAGUUCUCCUCCAAACACAAGGAAGCUCUAGCCAGCCGCUGGGGUACUCAGAAGGGCAACCGGAAAAAGAUGACCUACCAAAAAAUGGCCAGAGCCCUGAGAAAUUAUGGAAAAACAGGAGAAAUUCAAAAGGUCAAACGAAAAUUGACGUAUCAAUUCAGUGGAGAGGUACUGCAAAGACUACUACCCUCUAAUAGAAGGCAGUAUAACUAGACUGAUGAACACUGGACCACAAUCACUGUUAUACUAUUGAUACUGAGGAAUUUCUCUGCAUCUAAUACAACUUAAUGGCAUGAAUUGGCAGAAAAGUCAUGUAUAAUCUUAUUGUCAUUUCAAUAUCCUACUCCCACAGUGGUAUAAAAUAAAACUACAGGUCAUGAUUACAUAUAUCUUAGUGGUAUACCAUCAUUCAGAUCAGCUUUAUAAAUUAAAUGUUCUUUCACUGUUAAAACUUGUGCCACUGUUCAUUAAAAAUAUGUGAAUACUUCA